AUGGCCAGGAAAGACGUCUACAGCGAGGAGGCUCGUCCUCUGACCGCUCCCGAAGACGACCCAAACAGCCCCAUCGACGACAACGGAAGAUCAUCCGCCUCUUCGGCUUCGACGGCGUCCUUCGUCUUGGAAUCGAUGUCCGACAAGAGCGCCAUGCAGGCCAAGGACGCUCUCUCUCCCGACGGCCCUCAUCAUGAACCAGAAGAGAUGGACAUGGAGGAGCAGAUGGCAUGGCAACGAUCUGUAAAGCCAGCAGACAAGAAAGCCCGCCGCAUAUUGUACAUCCUGGCCGCCAUUGGUGCUAUCGGCUGGAUCGCUGCACUCUUCAUGUUCAUCGGGCAGGACCGACAUGUCCCCUAUUCUGCGCGUCCACACGAUCCCCAUGCCACUAGCACAACGGGGAACGGCAAGAAGGUGACACUGGACAGUGUUCUACGUGGUGACUGGAGCCCGCGCCAGCACGACAUUCGUUGGAUUCCAGGGCCCAAGGGAGAAGAUGGUCUCUUGCUGGAGCGCGGCGGCUCAGGGGGCCGUGAUUAUCUUGUCGUAGAGGACGUACGUUACCGCGGCGAAGACAUCUCGGCGCAGAAGCAGCACAGCAAGACCCUGAUGAGGUCUGGUUACUUUCGGACUGGCAAUGAAGAUGUCAUCGUUGAUGAAGCCUGGCCAAGUGCGGACCAUAAGCACGUUCUCGUCAGGAGUGACUAUGAGAAGACCUUCAGACACAGCUCGACUGGUCGCUAUUGGAUCUUUGACGUUGCUUCUCAAACCGGACAGCCGCUCGACAGCGGCAAUAUCAACGGCAGAGUCCAGCUUGCUCAGUGGAGUCCAAAGGGUGACUCCAUAGUCUUUACUAGAGACAACAACAUGUACAUUCGCCAUCUUGACACUGAUCUGGUGAUUCGCAUCACGACGGACGGCGGAAAAGAUCUGUUCUAUGGUAUCCCUGACUGGGUGUACGAAGAAGAAGUGCUUGCAUCAGGAGAGGCUACUUGGUUAAGCGGUGACGGCCGAUUUGCAUGCUUCUUCCGGACAGAUGAAAGCAAAGUGCCCAGUUUCCCGGUCCAGUACUUCUUCAGCAGGCCCAGCGGCAAAAUACCCAAAGUCGGCGAGGAAAACUAUCCUGAAGUGCGACACAUCAAGUAUCCAAAAGCUGGUGCACCAAUGUCAACUGUCAGUCUUCAGUUCUACGACAUCCAUAGGAAUGAGGUGUUCUCCGUGCCAAUCUCCGGCGACUUUGCUGACGACGAUCGAAUCAUCAGCGAAGUUGUGUGGGCUGGCGGUUCGGGGAAGGUCAUCAUCCGCGAAACAAACCGAGAGAGUGAUUUCCUCAAGGUUGUGCUCAUAGAUGCUGUUAGUCGGACUGGGAGGACUGUUCGCGAAAGGGACGUGAUGAAGUUGGAUGGCGGAUGGUUUGAGACGACUCACACUACCAAGUUUGUCCCAGCAGAUGCCAGCAAGGGUCGCUCUCAUGAUGGUUACAUCGAUACGAUCAUCCAUGAUAACUAUGAACAUCUAGCGUAUUUUACGCCUCUGGACAACCCGGAGCCGAAGAUGCUGACAUCUGGAAAGUGGGAGGUCGUGGAGGCGCCCUCCAGCAUCGAUCUGGACCACAACAUUGUCUACUUUAUUGGCACCAAAGAUGGAAGCACACAGCGACACCUCUACACAGCAGAGCUCAACGGAAACGCCAGCAGCGUCAAGCCUGUGACAGACACUUCCGAAGUGGGAUACUACGAGGCCUCAUUCUCGGCCGAAAGCAAAUUCAUGUUACUCUCCAACAAGGGUCCUGGCAUACCAUGGCAGAAGGUGCUUUCCACACCAACAAACAAAAAUUCCGGACUGGAUGUUUCCAUCGAGGAAAACAAGGCGCUAGAGCAGCUCGCGAAGAAGACGGAGUUGCCUAUCGAGAUAUAUCAGACUAUCAACGUUGACGGCUUCGAUCUCAAUCUUGUUGAGCGGCGACCACCUCACUUUGACGCAAGCGGCAAGAAGAAAUAUCCCGUGCUCUUCUACCUCUACAACGGGCCAGGCUUCCAGCAGGUCGACCGCAAGUUCAAUAUCGACUUCCAAUCAUACGUUGCCAGUUCUUUGGGCUACAUCGUAGUGACCUUGGACGGUCGUGGAACUGGCUACAUGGGUCGCAAGCACAGGACCAUUGUACGUGGCAACAUUGGCUACUGGGAGGCUCACGAUCAGAUCGAGGCCGCCAAGAUGUGGGCGAAGAAGAAGUACGUCGACGAGGAGCGCAUGGCGAUUUGGGGAUGGAGUUACGGUGGAUUCAUGACACUGAAGACCAUCGAGACAGACGCCGGCCAGACUUUCAAAUACGGCAUGGCUGUGGCGCCCGUGACCGAUUGGCGCUUCUACGACUCCAUCUACAGCGAGCGAUACAUGCACACGCCGCAACAUAACCCCUCUGGCUACGACAACGCUAGCAUCUCGAACAUGAAAGGACUGUCCAGCAACGUGCGAUUCCUCGUCAUGCACGGGUUCAGUGACGACAAUGUGCAUUUCCAGAACACAUUGCAACUCUUGGACCAGCUCGAUCAGGCGAACGUGAGGAACUACGAUGUCCAUGUUUUCCCCGACAGUGACCACAGUAUUUACUUCCACAAUGCCAACACCGUUGUGUAUGAAAGUAAGUUUGGCAUCCGUAUUUGGCGAGGAGAUAUUUUUACUGAUUGACUGUCUUGUAGAGCUGCGGGACUGGCUAGUGAACGCCUUCAACGGCGAGUGGCUUCGCACCACCGACCCUACGCCGUUGGGAAGAUAUGAAGGCCUGCCUUGA